AUGGCCACGGAAGGACCCCGCCCUGGCUUUCUGGGCAACCUCAACGAUGAACAGGAGGCCAAGCUACAGAAGCUAUGGGCUAUUUUACUCAGGGCAGCUGAGCUGCCUUCCGACGAAGACAGCAGUGAAUGCGUCGAGGAGCAUCCGGCAAGCCCGACGCCAUCCGCACCCCCGCGACGAAUGUCCCUUCUGAGUCGCACUUCAACCGUGCAAAGCACCACCUCCGACAAGACUGCACCCACUCUUACAAGGCCCUACCAACAAAAGUUCAUGGCUUUUCUCCGUGAAUAUGGGAUUGGUCCUAAUGAAACCAAGAUGGUCCAGAAGGCUUUGUCGGAGAUCAGCCCCGCUGAGCUGCGACAGGGUGUCUUGGACAUCUUGAAGCAUGACCACCCUGAUGCCAUGAUGCUGCGGUUCCUCCGUGCGCGCAAGUGGGAUGUCUGCAAGGCCUUCGCGAUGAUGAUGGAAGCCAUUGUCUGGCGAGUCAAGGAGAUGCACGUGGACGAUGAUGUGAUGGCAAAGGGCGAGCUCUACGCAUUGCAGCAGGAGAAGGGAUCCGAUGCCCGGAAGAAGAAGGAAGGAAAAGAUUUCCUUGAUCAGAUGCGCAUGGGCAAGAGCUAUGUUCACGGCAUUGACAAGCUGGGUCGACCCAUUGUGGUCAUCCAAGUCCGCUUGCACAAGCCUGGCGCACAGAGUGAAGAGACCUUGGAGCGGUAUAUUGUUCAUGUCAUCGAGUCUGUCCGACUUACUAUGUCUGGCUCGGUUGAGAAUGCUUGUGUUUUGUUUGACAUGACGGGCUUUGGUCUCUCGAACAUGGAAUACCCGCCAGUGAAGUUUAUUUUGAAAUGUUUUGAGGCCAACUACCCAGAGUCGCUGGGAAUCAUGCUGAUUCACAAUGCCCCUUGGAUUUUCUCUGGCAUUUGGAAGCUCAUUCGCGGCUGGAUGGACCCUGAUAUCGCCGCCAAGGUGCAGUUUACGAACUCCGCCGACGACCUCACCAAAUUUAUCGAUCGCAGCAAGCUCUCCAAGGGUGUAGGUGGUGGCGAAGACUGGGAGUACAAAUAUAUCGAGCCCAAGGAGGGUGAGAAUGCCCGAAUGGAAGACACCACCACCCGGGAUGCACUUCUGCGGGAGCGACGUGAGAUCGGCGAGGAGUUCCUCGCUGCCACUGCCGAAUGGAUCGACGCAGCCAAGGCCAAAGAUAAGAGCAGGAUCCAGUCUGCGGCCAGCCAGAGGACUUUCCUGGCAGAGCGGUUGCGGGUCAACCACUGGAAGGUGGAUCCUUACGUUCGGGCUCGUUUCGGCCUGGACCGACUGGGAGUGAUCCAGGAGGGUGGCAAGGUUGAUUUCUACCCCAAGGAGACAUCCAAUGGAACGAGUAAGGCGUCAGCAGUCGAACAUUUGGAGAAAGUCAAUGGUAACGGUGUUCCAACAACAGUUUCAGCAUAA